AUGUCGGAGGAGAUCUAUUUCUUUCCCACCCACCCACCCUUUUGCUUUUGGUGGUGUCAGUGGUAGGGCGAGGACGGAUCGCCAGCAGUAGCGAAUGAGGAAGGUGUGGUCGUUUGCCGAUACUGCUGAUGGGGCGAGGGUCUCUUGGGUAGAUGGUCCUUGCUGGGGUGUGUCUUUCGCGUUAGAGAUGCUGGCGGUACUCUCAGUGCGAGUGAGAGCGCCUAAGUUGCUGUGCCACGGGCGGCGAGUGCACAGUGACUGGAUGAUUGGUUAUGGUCGACGGGGUCGGCUGUAGCCGUGGGCCGGCGGUCGGGGGGCGGGUGCGAACUUAACGUGCGGGUUCGUGGGGUACCGCGUGUGUGCGACCGUUGAUGAUGAGCUUGACGAGGUAGCGCGACUAGACAAGGGCAUGCAGUGGUGUACUUCACGGUGCAUCACAAUCAAUAUGUGGUAUAUGUGCGGUAUAUUGAGGUCGGCAUAUCGGAACAUGCGUGCAAUUUGGAGAGAAGAGAGUGUGGGGAGCACCCGACAUCCCAGGGGGAGUGGGUGCGCAGUUGGAAGUUCUUGUUAUCAGCUGGCGCUGAGUGAGAGGGGGAUGAGUGCGGUGCUAGGAGUAUUUCCAGUCCAUGUUCAUGUCCUGACAUGUAUGUAGAUACAACAUGUGUGGGGCUUUGAGGUGCCGGGCAAUUUUUGUUUCUCUUUUUUGCAUUUCCUUUCUAUGGAAGUUUAACUCGGUAUUCUCUAUGCAUA